CACCAGCGAAGAUAGACUGAAACACGCACUAAAAUGCUGGAGUAACUCAGCGGGACAGGCAGCGUCUCUGGAGAGAAGGAAUGGGUGAUGUUUCGGGUCGAGACCUUUCUUCAGACUGGAUAUCAUUCUCUGUGUUUAUAUUAGACGGGAGAAAAUGGUAACACGCGCCGGUAGGAACACCGAGGAACAGUCUGGACCUACUCGGGCCGAAACGUUGCCUAUUUCCUUCGCUCCAUAGAUGCUGCUGCACCCGCUGAGUUUCUCCAGCUUUUUUGUGUAACCUUCGAUUCUCCAGCAUCUGCAGUUCCCUCUUAAACAGUCUGGACCGAUUCCUUCUCUCCAGAGAUGCUGCCUGUCCUGCCUGAGUUACUCCAGCAUUUCGUGGCUUAUUACCAGCUAAUUUGGAGCCGGUGCCCUUUUAAAUUGGGGGCGGGCGGUCCCCACCUCCCCUUCCAGCUUUAUCUGAGGCUGAUUGGGUUUCCAGGAGCCAUGUAUCAGCGUGGAAGCGACAAGAGAGUGAGAUGGGGGCGGUGUGGGUUGGCAGAGUAACACACACACAUACACACACACACACGCGGACGCUGGGCAUUGCUCUGCUCUGGUUCACCGGGAGCUGUGGUUUAGAGGUUGCUGGCUGGGAUGUGGCACUGUAGCAGCGGUGGUGGUGGUGAUGAUACGGGCGGGAGCGGCUCCAUUUCUCUGCUGCUCUCCGCUGGCCCGCCGCAGGUCGUGGCCACGGUGGAGUCACUGGUCCUGGCCUUACAGCGGGACAAGGAGAAGCUGGUCCAGUCACUCCUGGAGGACCCCAGCAGUCGACAGCUGCUACCCCUCCUCUGCCGCUUCCUCGCCUCCGGAGAGACUCGGCUGUGCAGCAAUGCAGCGUACAUUCUGGGCUCCAUUGCAGAGAAUGAGGUGGGGUCGCAGCGACUGGUGACGAUGGCACAGUGCUGCCCGCAGGAGUCCGCAGAUCUCCUGGCCAACCUGACGGGCAUGUUGAAGUGGACGGACGAGGAGGCGGUGAUGAAUGUGGCCGGUGCACUGGGCACUAUGGCUGAGACAGUGGAGGGCCGGCAGUGGUUGCUGAAGGACUCCCACAUCCAGGAGAUCAUCAGCGCGGUGACGGAGCUGUUGAGCAGCGGCAACAAAUGGGCGGCCAGCAAUGGUGCGCUGGUGCUGGCCAGGGUGACCAUCUGUGAAUCGGGCUGCAGGAUCAUCCUGGAUCACCCUCGGUGUUGGUACAUCCUGGGCAAGCUGAUCGCCUCGCUGGGAAUCGAUGAGGAAGGUUGUGGGAUGAGUGCAGCGUUUGCUCUUGGGCGUCUCUGCAAUCUGGACACCGGCCUCAAACAGACCUUGAACAUGCAGGAAGCUCCAGUUAUGAUUACAGCGCUGGAGAGAAUGAUGUCAGACGGGGAUACCGGGUGUAGCAAGAACGCUUGCUUUGCGCUGAGCUGCCUCGCUGCGGAUAAGGACGGACACGCCCACGUCUUGCUCAAUCCCAUCUUCCCGGACAUCCUGAACACCUUGUGCAUCUUACUGGAAUCCCAGGAGCCAGAGUCGGCCUGGUUUGCCGCAAUGACUUUAAGAGUAUUAGGCAGUCAUCCAAAAGGGGUUGUCAAACUGAGAGAACAUCCGAAAAUCUCAACACUGUUAAAGAGUAUGGCCUGCUCGCCCACUGCUGGCAAGGACCUUCUGGAAGAAGUGGACUUCACCUUGAGAAAGCUGCGGCCUGUUUCCAAGCCCUCCCCACCCCAUGUAGACAUCCUGAACGUCAACUCAAUCCAAGUCAGCUGGAGUAAACUGGUGCUGGACAGCGGACUGGAGGUGAUGUACAGCUUGUUCGAUGGAGACAGGUUACUGUACAAAGGCCCAGAUUGCAGCUACCUGCUCACCGAUGUAAAGGUGAGCAGAGAAUAUGCCUUCAAGCUGCACGUUGGUACGGAGGGAGAUGAGGGGCUGUACAGUGAUGUGAGCAGGGCCACUGUGGAAGAGUCAGUACCGAGCUGCCCGCUGGACUUUCGGGUUAUAGGCUGCACUCCGACACAGCUGAAGUUGUCGUGGUCACCGCCGCUGGAACCCAACGGCGCCAUCAGAUGCUACGUGGUGUACAAAGGUCCCGCGGCCAUCGAGUCAACGUCGGAGCGCAGCUGCAUUGUGAGCGGUCUUGUUCCCUCCAGCUGCUACGUGUUCCACGUGUGCGCCUGCACCAGCAAAGGGAAGGGUCAGAGGUCCUCGCUCUCGGCACACACGGCCGACCCCGGCGACCACGCGCCGGGCAGGCUGACCGUCAACGUGCUGGGCAGGAACGAGAUGUUCAUCACCUGGGACAUGCCGCAGGUCCCGCUGGGCCGCCUGUUCAACUUCGAGCUCUGCAUGAACGGCAAGGUGGUCUACCUGGGCGCGGACCGCUCCUUCACCGCCCGCCGCCUGACCGCCAACUCCGAGUACGCCUGCACCGUCAGCGCCAUCACCAGCGAGGGCAAGUGCGAGAGCAAGCCCGUGGUCAAGAAGACGGCCAAGGACGAGUACGUGAACACAACCAGGUGCCUCUACUCCCCGGCCCGCAGAAGCCAGCCAGUUGCUUCGUCUUCAACCAGAGACGUAUCCGACUUGUCUGAACGGCUGCGGAAAUUGAGAACGCAACCAGGGCUUCAAAAAGAACCGACCUCGAGCAAAACAACGCGAGCUCACCAAGUCCCCAGUAAAGGCAGUCUAAAAGGAUCUCCCAAGUUCAUAAGUUAAAACGUUGCAUCAGGUCUAAGACUGUGGAUGGUUGGGAGAUGGCCCGAAUAAAGAGAGGCGGCACGGUGGAGCAGCGGUAGAGUUGCUGCCUCACGGCGCCAGAAACCCCAGUUCCAUCACGACUACGGGUGCUGUCUGUACGGAGUUUGCACGUUCUCCCCGUGACUUGCGUGGGUUUUUUCCGGGUGCCUCAGUUUCUUCCCACACUCCAAAGACGUGCAGGUUUGUAGGAUAGUCGGCUUCGGUAAUGGCUGUAAAUUGUCCCUAGUGUGUGUCGGGUAGUUUUGGUUCCCAGGGUGAUCGCUGUUCCGUGCUGUAUCUCUAAACUAGACUAAACUAAGUCUUUGCUCCGAUAUGGGGCCCCAUAACUGCUGACAAUGUGCUUCUUUCAAUGGACGUUCGGGAUGAAGCAUUGGUGUUGAUAGUAACAGUAUUACAAUGGAGAAGGCCCUGCUGACAAACCACAGGUUUUAGUGUAGUUUAGAGAUACAGCGUGGAAACAGGCCCUUCGGGACACACACAAUGGGGACAAUUUACAUUUAUACAAAGCCAAUUAACCUCCAAACCUGCAUGUUUUUGGAAUGUGGGAGGAAAUCAAAGAUCCCCGAGAAAACUCACGCAGGUCACGGGGAGAACGUACAGACAGCACCCGUAGCCGGGAUCGAACCCGGGUCUCUGGCGCGGUGAGGCGGCAACUCUACCGCUGCGCCACCGUGCCAACACCCUUUUCUGAUGAUUGACGCAGGACAUGGAUUGUCCGAAAGUCCAGCCCAACUUACUGACAGGUGAUGGGCCGGUGUGGAAGGAAUGACAACGCAGUAACUGGCUGCAGUAACUGCUGCAGUGCCAUUCAUUAGAAACGUUUAUUGCCUAGUCUCAGGUUGAAGUUUGUUUUAAUUUUCAUGUAGAAAGUCUUCAUCAAGGUCUUUUAUACCCUUGUAUUUUAUGCAUCUUGUUUGUUUUGAGUCCUUUACAUUAUCUGUGAUUUGCAAUAAAGAAAAUCUUGUACUAUUGGACUCU